AUGAAACUUGAAGAUCUUCUAACAAUUUAUGACCAAGAAAAGAAAAUCAAAGUGAAUGUGAUCUUGGCUGAUAGAGAAUCAAGGAAGCUAGUAUUUUUUGUGAAGCCAAAAGAGAAGGAAGAGCCAAUCCAGAGAAAGAGAAACCUCAUGGCCAAUAAAUCAAAUGAAGAAGGUGGAAAUCAGCACUUAUUUCGAAAAAUGAGUCCGACAAUGCCCUGCUGUUAUGGUUUCUUCAAAGGUAUCUAAGUAGAAAGCUGCAAACACGCACAUCUAUGUGCGAAGAGGAGGUCCAACUUACCAAAAAAGGCUUGCACAAAUGCGUGCACUUGUAGCCAAACUUGUCCCUAUGCAGACCCUUUCCGUGGUGGCAGCAACAUCCUGGUAAUCUGCCACACAUACACUCCACAAGGACUGCUUAUCCCUACAAACAAAUGUCGUAAGGCUGCUGAGAUUUUCAGUGAUCCUAAAGUUUGGAAUUGAGCAAGAGUACACUUUGCUACAACAAGAUGUGAAGUGGCCUUUUGGUGUAGAGGCAUGGUCAGUCAACUGUUGAGUUACCGCUUGAUUUCCUCUUCCGUGAAAGUCAAGCAGGUUCUGUGAGAUAAGGUUGGAAAGAUUUCACUUUAUGCAGCAAGUUCAUCAAUUAAGGAAGUUCAAAAACUGGUGUUGGAUCCAAAAUAAGACACUGAGAUGAGAAUCUCUAAAAUCAGGACUUUAUUAAUACAAUUCUUUAGUUUCCUUACUUUUACUGGGCCCUAUUUCCCAAAGUCUUGCAGUUUAUUUAUAUUUGA